GACGGCAUCGCUCUCAGGAUCUCUGGACCACACAAGCUUCUCCACCACGACAAGGAGACAAUCCACAAAGAAGAUGGCACCAUUCAACCUGAUUAACAAUCUCCCUCCUGUAUUCUCACUCAUCGUUACCCAUAGUCAUCUGGCAGUACUGCAGUGCCAAUUCCAUAGGCAGAGUCAGUGGGCUGUGAGUUGAGGAUCCUUUGAGAAAGGAUGAUCCCUGUGGUGUGAUUGCACUCUGAUGGUGACUCGAGUUCACUAGUUUCAAUGUCAGACUGGCUGGGUAUGGAGACCCAGAACAGGAGUGAGUGAAUGAGGUCAAGGAUGAUGCUGCCUGAUGUUCUCUGACAAAAGAGUGACCAUAUGGUAUUGAAAGUUGCCCCUCAAAUCCGGUCUGUUUAUGUCAGCUGCCAGCACAACUACACCAAGUCAAAGUGCAAUCCCACAGCACUCAGUGCAAUCAGAGACCCACAGAGAGGAAGGAAGGUGGAAAGAUCAAUUGGCAAGACUGCUGUGCUGUUGUGGAGGCCUGCCAGGGAGACCACUGCUACUGCCUCUCAACCUUGUAUGCCGUGCCCAUGAUGUAUGGGCUGCUGUGUGAGAGUCUGCACAACUUCAUCAAGGAAUCAUAUGGAGACGACGUGUGGAAGCUGGUGCGAGAGCAGGCUGACGUCCAGCUUCACUCUUUUGUUACUCACGAGGUCUACCAGGAGAGUGUCAUUCCACGCAUUGCCAUGGCUGCUAGCGGCGUCACCGGCACCCCCUACAAUGAUCUGAUGAACUCCUGGGGUGUCUACUUCCUGGGAUUUGUGGGGAAGUAUGGAUAUGACCGGAUCCUGAAGGUUCUGGGCAGACAUGUGCGUGACUUUGUAAAUGGCUUAGAUAAUCUACAUGAGUACCUGCGCUUCAGUUAUCCCAAGGUCCAGCCCCCAACUUUCUUUUGCCAGGAGGAGUCGGCUACGGGAGUUACCCUUCAUUACAGGAGUAAACGGAAAGGUUAUCUUCACUAUGCCAUGGGCCAACUGCAGCAAAUGGGUCAACAGUUCUAUGACACGGAUAUUCACGUCGUGGUGCUGUCGGAGCAGUUAGUGGGUGAUUACUCGCACGUUAUCAUGAGGUUGAACUUUGAUAACUCGGCCUAUCGCUACAGUCAGAAGGAGGACACCGAUGACCAGGAGAUGCUGCCGUUCACCAGUGACUUCUUCUUCGAAGUCUUCCCAUUUAACAUUGUCUUCAGGCAGGACAUGGUGGUCCACAACAUGGGCUCAGGCUUGGCCACCGUCUUCCCAGGCCUGGACGGCAAGCUGAUCACCGACACCUUCCUACUGGCCCGUCCCUUGGUCGAGUUUACGUGGAACAUGAUCAUAUCUCAUCCAAAUAACCUGUUUGAGAUCAUCUCCAAAGAACCCGUGAAAAGAGAGCGGAACCUCCAUAACCGAGUGCAGAAUGUUGAUUACGACAAUGCAAACCGUGCAAGAGACGUCAGCAUAUUGCUCAUGGCCUUCCAGUCCGUAGUUGGAGAUGAUUAUGAAGAUGGACACAGUUUGAGCAGAGUGGAUGCUGGAGGAGAUGGCAGUUGCUGCCUUCGGUUGAAGGGGCAGAUGCGAUACAUGCCAGAAUGGGAGUCCAUCAUCUUCCUGGGAACUCCUGUCAUGGAGAGUCUGGGGGCCAUGUUUAAGACAGGAUUGUACAUCAAUGAUCUAAGUAUGCACGACUCCAGCCGUGACCUGGUCCUUGCUGGGACACAGCAGUCCGAGGAGUUAAAGCGAGCUCUGAUACAGGAACAGAAGAAGUCCAGCAAGCUGGAGGAGAGCAUGAAGAUGUUGGAUUAUGAGAUGAAGAAAACCAAUGACCUCCUCUACAGGAUGAUCCCCAAGUCUGUGGCCAAAAUUCUGCGCAAAGGAGUCCCCUCAGUCAACACUUGUGAAGUAUUCCCUGAUGUUACCAUCCUCUUCAGCGAUGUGGUGGGCUUUACCCGGAUUUGCAGCCUCAUUACUCCAAUGCAAGUGGUAUCGAUGUUGAACACAAUGUACACACUGUUCGAUACGCUGAGCGAGAAGCACAAGGUGUUCAAGGUGGAGACAAUCGGGGAUGCAUACAUGGUGGUAGCAGGAGUACCGGAGAAAACCAAGUUCCAUGCCCACAAUAUCUGUGACAUGGCUCUAGAUAUGGUACGGUCCAUGGACCACCUCAAGGAACCAUCCACGGGGAACAACAUCAAAAUCCGUGUUGGUGUUCAUUCGGGAAUGGUGGUGGCAGGAGUAGUGGGGCAUAAGAUGCCUCGCUUUGGGCUGUAUGGAGAUACUGUCCACUCAGCAUCAGCCAUGGAAAGCAAUGGCAAGGAAAUGCAUGUACAGUUGAGCAACGCUACGUACGAGCACCUUAUCGACAGCCCGUUCAUCUUCGAGCGACGUGGGACAAUUACACUUAAGGGGAAUGUGGAAAUCGAAACAUACUGGCUGAAAGGAAAGCGGGACAAGGAUGGCAAUGCACAGGCUGCCUGUUCACAGUUUGAUCAGACAAUGAACACGACAAACGCGUCACCACAUGGUUCACCACGCAGUGACUCAAAGACGGGCUGCUACAAAGAGUCUUUCGUGGAGAAAGUGCCAGAGGAUGUGCUUGACGCACUUGUGUGCCCUCAUUUGGUUCCUCCAAUGAGCCUGCCACUGUGUCCUCUUGCCGUGCCACAGAAUGGCGUAGCCUCCACCAGGUCACAAUUCUGCCUACUUGUCUGACUGUUCAGACACCAUCCUUUGUGGGUCAUUGAGUGCACCUUUUGUUGGCAUGAUGUAGUUCUAUAUUACUAGCCUGCCAUUUCAUUGACUAUUUUCUGUCAUGCUGUUAGGUUUGAUAUACUCCGGAGACUUCCCUUCGUGUUCUAAUGGUAACACCUUGACUUUGUUGCUGUUAGUUCAGAGUUUUGGAAUAUUACUCGUGUGUGACUGUCUUUGAGAACACUUUGCCCUUUGCGACUGCAAGCUGGAUCGACAGUACGAUUUGCAAUCACACCCUUUUCCCUUCAGAUCAGGCCUUUCUUUAUUUUGAAUAAUAAAGUGAUUGAAGUAGCAA